GCCAAUCAUUGGUGGUACGGUUUAUCAGUUCAUGGAGUGUGGAGGUAUACCGUGUAGUUGAACGCCAGAGACCUAGGAACCCACAAGUAUUGGAUUGUUUCUGUCUAUCUGUGGAAUUAUGCUGCUGAGGAUCGGAUUUGUGCUAGUCUGGGCGAUGUGUACAUAUGCACUAAUAUGUCCAGACAAAGAAUACAAUCUGGAAGAAACACGCUGCUGUACAAAAUGUCUUCCCGGGUCAGGAGUCAGAAAGGACUGCACGUUUGAUAACAACACAUACUGCGAACCAUGCAUAAACGAACGAACCUAUUCACCACACACUAGCCACACCGAAAGGUGUCGCCAGUGUCGGCAAUGUGGACCGGACGCCAUCUUACGGCGGACGUGCAACACUACUCACGACACAAUCUGCGAAUGCAACCAGGAUUAUUAUUUCAAUGAAAGUGCCGGAGAGUGUAAAAAAUGUGAUAAAUGCGAAAAAGGUACUGGAGUUACAAAAAUAUGCAGCAAAAAUAUGAAUACUCAGUGCAGUGUCUGUAAAAACGGGACUUUUUCCGACUUUACGAGUGCCACUCUAGGAUGUAUACCAUGCAGUGCCUGCAAGAGGGACGAGACUAUGAUCCAAGGAUGCAUUGCGUCCCAGAAUACGCUCUGUCUUAGGAGAUCAGAUAUUCUCCUGCCUCGGUCCACGGAAUCCUCAGGCCCUGAAGAGAGUUCCAACACUGGAGCCGAGCUUAUCCCGUUGUAUUGCGCAAUCAUGGGUCUGGUCGUGGUGGCCUUGCUUGCUUAUGCCGUCUAUAAACACUGGAAGUUGAGAGGGAAGAAAAGAAGGGCAGCAUAUCUUGAAAAAGAAGCGGCAAAGAGGACAGGUUCGGAUAGCGGGGUGUACCUUGACCAAGACAAUAAAUUAUACAACAGUGGAACCAAGAUUAGGGACCUUCCUCCUGCCAAGAAAAAAGAGUUGGAAGUCGUACUAACGACGGAGAAAGAAGGGCAAAAUUGGACGCAUUUAGCAAAAGAAUUAGGUUAUAACUCGUCAAAGAUCGAGGAUUUUAGGAGGACGGACGAGGAACGAGGCAUGGAGACGCCUGUGAGGUAUAUGCUGGUGGAAUGGGCCGAGAAUGACUCUGCUACGAUAGGCCUACUCGUCAGGGCUUUGAAGAACAUUGGGCGACAAGAUGUCCUCAAAGUGCUUCAAGGCGAGCAAACUAAAACUCAGGAACCGGCCAACGUAUAGUGUAAAUUCACCGAGUUUCAUACUCGAGAUUAUUUAUUACAUUUCAUGGAUAAUGCAAUUUCAUACGUGCUGACGUUUUGUACAUACUAUAUUACUCACACGUGUACAUGGCCAGUGGUGGCUAAUUUAUUGUCACGUGUGCUUUGCGCAUUUUCAUUGGCUCGCGCUGUUGGGAGUUCAAGCAAUCAUAUCGGAGGACGGAUUCAAAUGAUCUCUUUGUGAUUCAGUUCCUGGAAUCCGUGGAUCACACAACAUAUACUGCAUAAUGAAACUUACAGUUGCCAUGGAUACAGUCAUGUGACCAAAGUUCAUACUAUCCUCAUUUUGUCGGAGUCUUUUUUCACAGAAUUCAAAAAAGAUUAAAGGUUCAAUUUUGUUGAAAAACUAAAUGGUAUGGGUGGGGGGGGGGGGCAACUAUCUGGUAUUCCGGCAAAAUCAGGAUGAAUAAUGCUUGAGGAGUGCAAUCAAUUAUGAAGUUGCCAUGGCAACGAUGGUUACUAUAGAAACCAAGAUGCUGCGAGUGUUUCUCAGGGACAUGACUAAGAACUUUUUUGAAGGUGAGAGUACGUCAACGUGACAUUUUCCAGCCUGAACUUGGUUCAUACUUAUUUCCUAUUCGCCAUUCCUGAUUCUAAACUUUAUAGUUGACAUAUUCCGGAUUCUGAACGUAAGGGCUAAGUCUGUACUCAAUAGCAAGGGCUCAAGUCAGUUAAAUGGGAACCAGUGGAAAUAAAGAGCUAAGUUGACCAUAACAAAUAAUUCAGAAUCUGAAAUGAAAUAGAAUCUCGCAUAAGGAAUAUGAAAUAAAGUAGCCAACUUCAACAUGGUGUGACAUUUUCUUCUACAGAACAGUGUCGGGGGCGGGGGGGGGGGUCUUACUAGCUGAUUUUCUUUGUGGUGAUCAUCGGUAUGGCCACACUGUGCAGAAAGGUGUCUAUUCGGGGGGGGGGGGGGGAACCUGGUGGAACAGGCCAUUUAAACCAUGGAAAUCACUUCCCAGCUGAUCCGGAGGGUCGGCGUUUUCUUUGCCACAAAACAGAACCAAAAAUGGGCCCAGGAGAGAGGAACCCUUUGACCAAAAGCUUGUUUAUCAGAAUUUGAAGAAAAAGAAGAGGCCAACUGGUUGUUACCUGGGGAAUGAGUCGGAGAACCGUAUAAGUUACCAGUUAAUUAUAUGGGGUAUUCGAAAAAGCUGGAUCUAGAAACACUGGACUGGACUGCGACUCAUUGCUCGCAACCAGCUGGGUCACAUGACCCCUGAAACAAAUGACUAUCUCAGCCAAUCAGAGCGCAACUAGCGUGGUCUGACAAACUCUUCCGGCAAUUCCAACGACAAAGUUUGACAGCACCAUGCCACAUCAUAAGCCUUUGCAGCGUCUGUGUAAAUGGAAUGUUUUGCAAAAGAAAACACAAUGUUUUUCACAAUCGAUUUUUCUAUUGUUUAUCAGUACAGACGGUGGUGAGCAAUGACGCCGUCAAUCCACUGGUCCAGAACUUGCUUUUUCGAAUACCCUCUGGAUCUGUGUUUCGACAACUUUUUAAACUUUCUAUCGGAACAUUUUGUAUUUAUAUAAAUAUAUAUUAUGCGUUUUAUGAUUCUUAUAGAUAUAUAUAUAUAUAUCGGUGGUGUUUGAUUUUGUCAAACAGAUCAUUUGCAGUGUAAAACUGACUUGAGGCGUUUCAAGAGAACGUCUCAGCGACUCCUGUCCGAUAUUACAAUUCAAAAUAUGGUACAGAAUAGAGGAGGGGGGGGGGUCAUUAUAGUAGUUUUGAAACAGCCCCUGAGUAAACCCGAAGUCGUACUUUUCUGCUCCCUCUCAGUCACUCGAUGUCUCAAAUAUAGCAACGAAAAUGGUUCACAGGGAUGGGGAUGUCGGGAUACUUUAUAUCUUAAAGAGGGGCUAUAGGCAGGGAUCAGGCGGACCAGAAUAGGUUUUAUUAAGUGACCGAUAUGUGCCGGCCUCUCAUCUCACAGCACUCCAAGACUAUUCACGUCUGCCCGAGAUCAGACCUAGCUUUAAUAAUCACUGGCAGUAUCGCCGAUUUGACCAACCAGCUCCUGCCAAACGUCUUCCUAAAUGAUAAAAUGUAGAAGAAAUGUAUCUUACAUGACAAACUAGGGGCGUCACCUACUAAAGAGAAGAGAAACUAUCAUGCAUAGGGCAGCGACAUCGAGCAUCGAGCAUAGAUACUGUCUGCUUGUUGCUGUACAAGGUAGUUCCUCUAGCAAGUGGCUCCCCUGGUGGUCUAAAGUCGGUCCAAUUUCGUCAUUCAUCUUGCCCUUUAAACCCUCUAGAGGGACUAUCAGGUACCUCGUGUACCCUGUGCCAAAUCGACGGGAUCGGAUGUAAAUGAAUGAACUCGUUCUUGUUUAUAUAAAUGUUACAUAUUCAUGGAUCGACAAUAAAUUUCAAAGAAUAUAA